AUGGCUCUACGGAAGACUUGUCUCGUCACAGGCUGCUCGGCCGGUGGAGUUGGCGCCGCAUUCGCUGAAGCCUUUAAGAACAAGGGCUAUCAUGUGUUCGCAACAGCACGCUCGCCCUCUAAGAUACCACAAACUCUGCAUGAAGCAUCUAACGUCACUGUUCUCGCCCUCGAUGUAACAUCCACGGAAUCGAUCGCAUCGGCUCUUGAAGAAGUCAAAAAGAAAACGAAUAAGCUCGAUGUUCUCGUCAACAACGCUGGGCUUGGGCUGAACAUGCCAGGCCUCGACACAUCACUUGAGGAAGCCAAGAAACUAUUCGAUCUCAACUUCUUCGGAGCUCUGGCUAUGAUGCAAGCUUUUGGUCCUAUGCUGGUCGCAGCUAAGGGUUGCGUGGUUAAUAACUCCUCUGUAGGCGGCGUUUUCAACUUUCCUUUUUCCAGCAUCUAUAACGCCAGCAAAGCAGCAUUGAUUCACGGAGGCGAGACCUGGCGUCUUGAAAUGGCACCUCUUGGAGUCCGUGUCAUGACUCUCGUCACCGGCGGUAUUGCAACAAAUUUCUUCGUCAACAUGCAAACCCUCAUCUUUCCUGAAAACUCUUACUAUAAGCCCAUCAAAGAUAUUAUUGAAGAUAACCCAGAAGAGAAUCCCUAUGGCAUGAAGCCGGAAGUAUUUGCCCAGGAUGUUUUAUCACGAGUCGAGAAGGGGGCAAAUGGCAAGCAAUGGGUUGGUGGCGGCGCUAGUAUAGGUCGCUUUGGCUUGUGGUUGAUGCCUCAAGGUGCUAUUGUAAGUCUUACAUCAAGCCAAAGUUAG